ACUCAUUGAUAACGAUCAAAGUUAGGGUUUGCAAUUCCUGAGACUCAUAAGAUAGAUAAACUUCGCAUUGGAAUGGAAGAACAAUCCAUAAACGGCACAAUGUCAACCAAAACGACACAAGAUUUAGCAAUUGAAGGUCACAAAUACUUAGAAGAAACCAUACAACAUGCUUUCAAGAUACUAUCUUCCAUGAACGACGAGCUUUGCAAUCCCGUUUGGUGGUCCACUUCUCCUUCCUCUGCUACCUCUCCCAAUGCUCCUUCUUCAAACGGUGACGCCAAUUCCGAGAAUUCCGGCCAACACGCUGACGGCGCUGCUCCCAGUGGUGGUGCUGGUGGAGCUCUUGAUGAAGCUCGUUUGAGGUAUAAAGAUGCUGUUGCUGGACUUCGGAGUGUUCUUGCCGCUAUUCCCAAUUCUCAGAAGGCAAACACAUUUGACGGUGGUUCAGCUGACAGCCCUAUGGACGAAGCUGAAAUUGAGAAAUUGGAAGAGCAAGCCUCUUCUUUGAGAAAGGAACUUGGCAACAAGAACUUGCACCUGAAGAUACUCAUAGAUCAACUGCGAGAACUUAUCACUGAUAUAUCAACAUGGCAAAGUCCUUUUUCGACCUGAAGUUGGCAGUGCUUGCAUUUGUAGGGUGAUAUAAAAAAUAACUGUGAUCCAGAUUACAUUAAAUGGUAAUGAUGCUUCUUUAUAUUUUACCAAUUGAAGUUGAAUCGGUUGUCUUGGUACGUUCUCAUCCUGAAACUACAAUUUCAGAGUCGUGGAAUGAUAAAAGAUUGUCUGAAGUUUGAACAUGUUUGUCAUAGGGCUUGUAUUUUGUAGAAUAUUUGACAAAUUUUGCAAACUAGCAACUUGCCAAUCUUUGCUGAUAAUUUGAUGUAUUUGAUGUAAUCUUUUAUUUGAUAGUUGCCAGAAAUUGCACCUAAAUAGUUUUCUCUUGAGUUAGAGAAAGGUGUCUGUCUUUUGUACGAGGAUGAAACUUUUAAUGAUUUUAUUCACGUAGCAAUUUGUGCAAUUCAUA